GCUUCGUUCUUGCUGCAUGCCUGCUUGCACCUAACGGCAGCCGCUCCGUUAACGUUCAGGGUCAAAUGUAAAUGGAAGAUCUGGAAUGCUCAGUCAUAUUCAUUCGCUGACAUCGAGACCCAUCAUUCCCACAGACUUUCAGUGACUCACGUCCGAGGGGUUAGAAAAGCAACAACCAGCUGUUGCCGGGCUACGAAGUCCGAACAGCCCUAUGCGAAAAGUGUCCGUCGGAUCCAGAGCCGAAACCGAGAUACGGAUGGGCCGUUGGUGAUCCUCCGGGCUUUAACACCCGGACGCUGCCAUCACUCCGUCACCUUUACAACUAACCAAAGACAUCGCCGGGGUAAAGAGCAGACAGCAUGGCAAUGAAAGGCAUCAGCCUAGGCCUGCAUCGCAUAUCGCGAGCCCUCGAGGGUGUCCCCCAGAAAUGGGAUGCUAUCCACGUCGCCGGCACAAAUGGCAAAGGCACCACUUGCACAUACCUAUCAGCCCUGUGCAAAUCUUUUGGCAUCUCAAACGGCCUUUUCACCUCGCCCUACCUCAUCGAGCCACGCGACGCCAUUAAGAUUAAUGGUACGCCCGUGGCCCAAGACGUCUACGCCGACGUCAACCGCAAGAUCCUCGCCGACGACCAGGCCCGCAUCUCCCAGGAUGCCGCCCAGGAGGCACUCAGCCUCUUCGAGGUGACCACCCUCAUUGCCUUUGGCGCCUUUAGCCGCGCCGACGUGCAAAUGGGCAUCGUCGAGGUCGGCCUCGGCGGCCGCCUCGACUCCACAAACGCCCUCCGCCGCAAGAGCGUCACCGUCAUCACGAAGAUCGGCCUCGACCACCAGGCCUUCCUCGGCAACACCUUGCCCGAGAUCGCCAAGGAAAAGGCCGGCAUCAUGAAGGCCGGCGUCCCGUGCGUCGUCGACGGCAGCAACCCGCCCGAGGUCCUCGAGGUCUUCCGGCAACAUGCCGCCAGCGUCUCAGCGCCGCUGCACCUCACCACGAGCCAGCCCGGUCUGCUCGAGACUCUGUAUGACUCGGAGCUGAUGCCGCAUCAGGCGCAGAACAUGGCGUGCGCCAUUGCGGCUUUCCAGCUCGCGUACCCGCACCUUAAUCUGUCUGUGGAACAGGCUCUGCCGAUUCUGAAGGAUGUCAGUCACUUGGGUAGACUGUCAUGGCUAGAUGUCGAGGCAAAGCAUCCGUCGCGCAAAGGAACCCCAAUCCUCAUCGACGGUGCUCACAACCCACAGUCAGCCGAGACGCUGUCCACAUACGUCGAGCGACGUCUGCGAGAAGCCGAUAAGCCCGUGACGUGGAUCGUGUCGGUAUCAAAGCAAGACGGAAAGGAUGCUGGCGGCAUGCUGCGCACGCUGCUCAGACCUGGAGACAACGUCGCCUGCGUGGGCUUUUCUCGGCGGGAGACUAUGCCCUGGGUCGAGCCUUUGCCGCUUGAGACCUUGAGGGAACUGGCCUCGAGCGCGGGCGCCAAGGAGGUGUUUGAAAGCAAAGACGGUCUCGAAGCAGCUGCGAGAUGGGCUGUUGAGACCGCCAAACGUGGCCCUGUUGUCUUGACGGGGAGUCUCUAUCUAGUUGGUGACGCAUAUAGAAUCUUGUCGUGAGCAGUCACUGGAUAAUCAAAAGUACUUAUGAAUUCGCAGCC